GAGGCUAAGACGGGAAUCACGUUCCAUCUUCUGUUUCCGUUCUUUGUUCUCUGCAAUACCGAAAGAGAACGAACUUUGAGUUCGAGAUCCGUCUAGCAAACCGCUUCUUCUUUCUUCUCAUUUCUGAUGCUCAGUUCUCAGUUCUCAUGGAUAUGCACCUCAGUGAUUCAAGUACUUCAGCUCCAUCGCAUGCCACAUUAUCUGGAAAUUGCAUCCAACACUUUAUAAUGAGGCUGCAAUUAUGGAUUGCUGCAGGCCCAGGGGGAGUCUGUUUGAUGAGAAAUGCAUGGAAAGGGGAACAUCCAUCUGUUAUCAACUUUAUCUCCAGUUUCCUCUCUGCAAAUUCUUUUCGCCUUAACUUUGUCCCUAUUGCUCCAGACUUCAUUUUCAAUUGUGGGGGUUUGUCUGUAGCAUUUGUUUUUGUGACUAACUGGGAUUGCAACAAUGUAUCUCUGAUCUUCAGCAGAGUUCAGAAAUUGAGAACACAAUUUGCACGCUUUUAUGUUAUCAUCACACUCCCAGCUAAACAGCAAAUCGAUUCAUUUAUUCAGUCAUACUUCAAAUUUGAGAUGGUGAUUGGCAAGCCUACGUUUGUUCCAGUUCAGGACAUAGAGAUGGGGUUUGAAAAGAUGGUAAAAAUAGCUCAUUCAUCUGGAGUAUACAAGCAGCAGAAAAUUGGAGAGAAACUGAAAGCUGAGAGGAAGCAAUUGGUGCAAGGAAUGAACUUUUACCUUAAAGUGGUUACUUCGAUUCCAGGCGUUGACAAUCACGAUGCAAAUGCGCUUAGUCAAGCUAUUGGUUCUGUCCAAGCAAUUGCCAAGGCAUCAAAAGACCAAAUUCUGGAGAACACAGACCUUUCAGCUGAGAAGGCGGAGAUGAUUUCAAGGUUUCUGAGGGACCCCAAGUUUUACUCUUCUCCCAAGAUCACCUGAUGGCGCAAUAACAAUGGAACCCAGGUUGGAAUCUUUUGUUUUCUCCGACAACAAUAAAUAAUAAUAAAAAGUGAGUAUCUCUUUUUUAUUUCUUUACCUGGUUAGCUUCACUAUAAAAUAGUUCUCGUAUUCGUAGUUUCAAAUCCGACCGAGAAGUAGAUAGCCACCUAGAAACCUUCUAGUUGAACAGUAUUCAAAUCUCAUUAUACGGUUGUUGUUUGUA